GAUGUUCAGCUAUAUUAAGCUGUAUUUAGCGAUAAUGUAUCUACCAUUGUCAAUUCUUGUACAUAAUUUUAAAAUAAAGACUAUCCAUAAAUAAAUAAGUUGUAUGAAGCAAGGGACGAAGGCUGCACUAGAACGAAGAUAGAAAAAUGCAACUGGUUAUUGGAUAAGUUUCUGGGAUUUAUUUCUUUAGUGGCAUAUCAAAAUUGACAGGUGGACACUGGAGUUCCGCCUAUUGUUAUGGCACAAUCAACAGCCAGUGGGACUUCUUCGAGAAGGCACAUCAGGGACCACGAUGUUAGUUCCUCUGCUUCACCACGCUAUGUGGAUAGCGAAUGGGAGACCAAAGAAGCUCUCCGUCAGAGAGAAUUGGAGGAGGCAAGGGUAAGGGCUGCACAGAUGGAGAAGACGAUGAAGUGGUGGGCCGACUGUACAGCAAACUGGAGAGAGAAGUGGAGCAAAGUACGCAACGAAAGGAACAAAGCCAGAGAAGAAGCAAGAGUCUUGAGAACGAAUCUUGAAAUCGCUGUAAAAGAUGCUAACACCUUCAAGCAUGACUUGCAGGAAUUGGAGCUUCAGAACGAACAGUUAAAGAAAGAAAUGGAAAAGAUUCAUAUGAUUCUAUUAAAGCAUAUAGGUCAAUUUGAUCAUCAAAUUAUUACUAUAUUAGAAUCGAAUCCUCUAUUGAGAGACGCCUUAGGUAUUGAUGAGCUUUUAGCUGUGUACAAUAAUGUACAAAGAGGGGAAAAAAAGGCACCUACUGGUCAAAAAGAUUUGUUCUCCCGUACAGGUUCUCUCGAUGAACCAAGUCAAAAGUCAGAUGGUCAUGAUUCUGCUCACGACAAAGACAUCGAAGAGUACGUACUGCAGGGUGCAGUGCCCAAACAUGCCGUAGAAUUAUAUAAGGAAAGCUCAGGGAAUUCAUCGGAGAGGGAUGCCUCUAAGUCCGUAUCGGAUGUCAGUGUCAAGCAAGAGAAAAGUGAUAAACGUCAAGCCAGUACUGAUCUAGGAAACGAGGAAGCUCUCUUGCAGAAAAUUUCUAUGCUCCGAUUGAAGCUGGACGAAGCGACGAAGACUCUUUCCCUGGAAAGAGAGGAAAAAUCAUCUCUAUAUCGAGGUAUGGAGAAGUUGCGAGUAGAAGUAGUGCAAUUGAGGGUUCAGUGCGAAGAGCUCCAAGAAAGUAAAGCAACCGUGACUAAAGAAUUGAUGGAGAUUAAGGAACAUUUCCAAAGUGAACUGAGUGCAGCCCAAGCAGAUCUCAUGGACGAAGCUUCUAACAGGGAAGGAAUGGAUCGUCGUCUUUCUGAACUCAGGACAGAACUGGAAAGACUCCAAGUGGAAAACGCCGCAGAAUGGGGAAAACGCGAACGCCUGGAAACUGAGAAAAUCUCUCUCGAAAGAGAGAACAAGCAGCUGCGAAACGAACUGCGAGAUCUUCAGGAAAGGGUAGAUUCGAGACGAGCAAGACCAGUUUCGACGUCGGAUACAGAUUCUAGACAGUUGCAGCAAGAAUUGCUAGAUCGCAACAAGGAACUUCUGGAGCUCAAACACUCCCACGCAAAGCUGAAGAAACUCCUGGCCGAGAAGACUACCGAGUUGUCUCACGCAUCCCGGAGAUCGGAGCAGUACGAAGCAGAAGUGAAGAGAGUCCGUUCGCGGGUGGACGAGCUGAAGAAAGAAUUGUCUUCAGCCCAGGACGAAGUGGACGCGGCGACCAACAGCGUGAGGAGACUCCAAAGAGCGAACGAGGACCUGGUCGAGCAGCUCGAGUCGGCGAACAUCCAGCUGGAGCAUUUCAAGAACAGGAUUCUACGAGCGAAACGUCGCUCGACCUUUAUCGACAGCUCGGAGGUUUGCGCCCCUGACGUGGUAGCCGAGAUCAAGGACGACAAAACUCGAGAACUCGAUGUCGAAGCAGAGCAAGGUUCAAAAGAACAUUUCGAGUCGAGACAUUCAUAGUGUCCGACCGUCGUAGGAUCAGCAACUCUUGCCAUGCCGCCGUUCUUAUCAGUUAGACAGGGAACCGGAUAGAAGAUAUUACUUUGGCGACCCUUCGUCGGCAUAACGAAGAUAGCAUUCCUCCUCGAUUUAAGCGACGAAGUGACGACUUCUUACGAUGGCCCUGUAAAUGUGUACAAAUAGCGAUUACCGAACGAGUUGUCUUCUCGGUAUACUGAGAAAAGUGGAUUUAAGGUGAAGCGAAACACGUCGACACUUUUCUUUGCUUUUAUCCCGUUCAAAUGCGAAUUUCUCGACUACUAGAUUGUUCUAAAUUGUUCUACAAUUAUUCUGACACCUUCGUUUCUCAUAUCAGAGCCUUCAAUACUUGUGUAUUGAUCUAAAUAUGACAGCUCGACGCCGUUUAGGUUCUGGUUUAUACUAAGUCAAAACUUUUUUUUUGAAAAUUCAAAUUUUCAAAGUGUCAGGACAAUUCUUAGGUGAUCACGAGUCAUGUGUCAAAAUUUCGAACAGUUCGAACGAAUGCCCUUAGAAAAAAAAGGGUCUUUUUCGAGGCGACUGAUUUGAGGGGAGGUUUCACUUCACCUUAAAGUAUUCCUCGUUACGAGUAGAGAUGUAAGCUCGACGCGUACUGUACAAAAGAACGAUCGUUGUGUUCAGCGUUCUGGCACCCUGUGCGGGGAUGCAUUCGAUUAACGCGUUCCGUAUUUCUGCACGCCGUGCACAGAGCUCGUUUAGUGUAAAUAAUUUAUUUUUUAUUGCGUCCUCUCAUUGCGUUGCACUGUACAUUUUUAGUUCCCUCAUCCGCGCCACGUAUCGCGUGCUCGUACUGCGUUUGUUUUGUACAUUUGUACCUUUUUUACUGCGUUACUUGCCGAGGACGAUGCUUCUCUCUCUCUCACUCUCUCUAUGGUUUCCCGUACACUUUAUGUGUUCACGAGACAUACACGGUCUGCACUCGAUGCAUUUAGAAUUAUGAUUGCGCAUACUGCCCGAGCAUAGCGAAAGGAGACGCGUUAAAGUUAUAUAUUCGCCAUACCUGACGACUUUAAACCUAAUGUUAAUUCUCGGUGUAAAUGGAAGGAUAAAUCGAAGCAAUAAGUGGCGACCACUUGUAAGUAGAACGAGACGAAGUAUCCGUGACCUUGUCGCUUUUAUCGCAAAAGAUACAUUACACUUCGCGAUAGAGAAAUAUACAAUUCGUUCAAGUGUC